UCGUUCCUCCUGCCACUAUUAAUUAUUCAACUUCAUUCUCACUUCAACAUCACAGUUUUUUUACCAACUCACUCCUAAAUCCUUAACAUACGCACCAUGUGUACAUUAGAAAAGCGUGGGGAUCUCUUUCUCCUAACCCUAACAGGCGACGACGAGCACAGAUUCCACCCGGAUACAAUCGCAUCUGUUCUCUCGCUUUUCGAACAAGCCAAAGCUCAGUCCACAAAGGGAUCUGUCCUCAUCACGACCGGUCAUGGAAAAUUCUUCUCCAACGGCUUCGAUCUUGCAUGGGCUCAAUCCGCUGGAUCCGGGGCCAUAGAACGGAUGCACCAAAUGGUCAAAUCCUUCAAGACCGUGAUUGCAGCGCUUCUCGAUCUCCCCAUGCCAACGAUCGCCGCCUUGAAUGGCCACGCAGCUGCCUCGGGGCUGAUGUUUGCGCUGAGCCACGACUACGUUUUCAUGAGGAAAGACCGUGGGGUUCUCUACAUGAGCGAGUUGGACAUUGGGCUGCCGGUGCCAGACUACUUCUCUGAAUUGGUCGUGGCUAAGGUUGGGUCAGGUAUCGCGAGGCGUGAGCUGUUGCUGAGCGGGAAGAAGCUCAAAGGAGAAGAAGCGGUGGCUCUUGGAAUCGUGGACUCGGCGGCGCAUGAUAGUGCGGAAGGUGUAGUGGAGGCCACAUUGAGCCUAGGGGAAAGUUUGGCCGCUAAGAAAUGGAAUGGUGAGGUGUAUGUAUCCAUAAGGAAGAGUUUGUAUCCGGAGCUUUGUCGGAUGCUGAACUUAACGGGCAAUAACAUGGCAAGUCACAAUCUCUAAACCUAUUAGAAAUAUUCAUUGUCUUGUUGGGAGACAAAUGUUCGAAAAAUGACUAUUGCCCUACAAAAGUCAACGUCUAUUUUCUAUAAAGUAUAAAGUAUAAACUACGUUUCUUAGUUUGUGACAUUGCAAGUUGAAAUUUUAAUAAUAUGGCCUUCUUUUUUUA